AUGGCUGGCCCUGAGAACACCAAGAUCAACCCCACCCAGCCAACCAAGCCAGCAACCCGUCGGUUCGUCGGUGUCCGACAAAGGCCAUCUGGAAGAUGGGUGGCUGAAAUCAAGGACUCUUCUCAGCGUGUGAGGCUCUGGCUUGGGACUUUCGACACUCCUGAGGAAGCAGCCCGGGCUUAUGAUGAAGCGGCCCGGGCCCUACGAGGUGAGAAUGCUCGAACCAACUUCGCGCCUGCACCACCUAGUUCGUCCCCAUCCGAUUCCUCCCCUUCGAAUGGUGGCCUUUCGCCAGAAUAUGAUGGCAAGCACGGCGUUAACUUUGCUUCUUUGAAAGCCAAGCUGAGCAAGAACCUUCAGAGCAUCAUGGCGCGAACAACCGAUAACAAGGCAUCGAAGACGAGAGUAAGCGACCACUUCACGUUCGCUAGCAUUUUCCACCGCAGGAGCUACCACAACCAGAAUUCACUUGAACUGAAGAGCAUCGAGAAGGCGGUGCAACCGAGUUUUAUAGUCCCGCCAGCAGCAGAUGAACCUUCUUGGGACUGCAUCACUUCAUCAGAUUCUGAGUUCUUCGGAUUCCGGCAACAUGGGGUCGAUUCGGACGGGUCGGAUAUUGGAGAAGUGGGCCUUGGUGAUCAUGGCUUUGAUGAUGAGAUGAUGGGGUGGAUAGAUGGUAAGGAUGGAGAGACUGAGGUGACGAGGAGCAAGAGAUUCAAGGUUUCUUCUUCGAUUAUCGUCCCUCCUUCAUUCAGUGCAUCAGAAUUCCUUGGUGGGCCACUUUGA